AUGGGCGCCGAGACCGGAUCCUCUGAGGGUGCCCAGCAGGAGUCUGCUGCGGCUGGGUACCCACCCGCAGCCGCGCCAGGCUACCCUCCCCCGACCAGCGGGGGCUACCCGCCGCCCUACGUCGCAGCGGAGCCGCCCGGGGCGCCGUCGCCGCCUGCGCCGCCGUCGAGCUAUCCGCCGCCGCCGCCGGCACCAGGCUACGGACCCCCGCCGCCGGCGCCAGGAUACGGAGCGCCCCCGCCCGUGCCUCCACCGGGAUAUGCCGCCCCCGCGCCCCCCGGCGCGUUCCCACCGGGCGCCAUCCCUCUGAACCCGGCACCCAUCCCGGGCAUGCAGACGCGCCCGCCGCGGGUGCCGCCCCAGCCAGGUAUGGUGCUCAUUGGCUACGAGGUGUGCCAUCCCCGGGCGGGGUGCUUCCGCUGCGAUGGCCUGUCGCCAGGCGGCCUGCUGUCAGUGAUUCUGCUGCUCAUCUUCUUCUGGCCGCUGGCCUGGAUUCCCUGUGUGAUGCCAGACUGCUUCGACCCUUACCAGCGCCCGGUGUUUGGCUGGCCGGCGGGGCCCCCUGCCACCGGGCCCCCGCCCCCCCAGCCACAGCCACAGCCGCACUACGACUCCGCCGCCGGGUUCCCGCCUCCGGGGGCCGCCACCGGGCAGGCCAGCUCCUCGAGCAGCGACCGUGGCGGCGGUGGCGGCAGCGACGGCAAGUGA